AUGUGGGUCUUUAGCGACCGAAUGAUGGAGCGUGGUGGUCAGUCCCUCCCUCUUGCACAUUAUCUGCAGCACGAAGAGCAGAAUGAUGUCCCGCUACCCGAGCCUCACAUGUUACUGCUGUGUGGUCGUACGUUUCAUGAAUCUCUAGGUGGGGACUGGUUGUUUCCGUCUGUGGUGACAUUCUUGCUGGGUGGAGCUGACGUGAAUGCACGGGACAAAGACGGCGCAACUGCUCUUCACGUUGCGGUGACGCAGGGGAAUGACAUAGCAACUGUCUGCACCCUGGGCAGGGAACCGUUCCUCGGUGAGUGCUCUAAUGAAAUGAUAAUCCGUUUUCUUAUUGACAAUGGAGCCGAUAUCAAUGCUCGCAACGCCUCCGGUGAGACACCGCUGAUGGUUGCAGCUGCUAAAGGGAACAUUACGGCCAUGCGUUUGCUAUUGGAACGUGGUGCCGUUAUCACGCAACGAGAUGAUGCAGGGUGCACCGUCCUUCACCACGCCUCUCGCUCUCCAUUUUCACUGCAGUUACUUCAGUGCUUCGUAGAUUCCCUUCUACAUCAGGUAGUAAGUGAAGACUUGCUUCACUUCGUCUGCCAAAAGGGUGGCAAAGGGGCUAAUUUUGUAAUCCUUUUCCUCGUUGAGCAACUUGGGAUGGACGUCAAUGCGCGCGAAGGCGAAUGCGUAAAGGCCUCCACCGGUGAGGAACUAAAGCCUGAAGAAACCUCCGUUAUGUCUGCAGUAGCGGUGCGCAGCAGUUACACCCCGUUGCAUCGCGCAAUCCUUGGUGGAGACGUAGCGUUAGUGUGUGCACUCCUGAGUUGUGGAGCCGACGUGAACCAAACGGAUGUAAUCGGACUUACACCAUUGCAACUUGCAGCCAAUAAUGUUGGUGUGUCUGCAGUCGGCGGAUCGUGGUUACAACGUUUUGUUAAUAUACGCUCUCUGUGGUACCCAACCGCUGCGGAGAGAAAGGUUAGGUCAAAGGAGGUUUACAAUUUAUUAAAGGCGUAUUGCAAGGAAACCUCCCUUAGUGGGCGUGAGGCGCUGCUGCAGCGUUUUGCUUGCGGCAACAACCCAUCACAGAACUUGUUAUCAUUCAAAGGCGCUCUGGUAUUCGCUGAUGGAUUGAUUGUUGUGCAUGCUCUGAUGGUUCUGUGUGCAACGUUAACGAAUGAAAUGAUUUUAAUUCGUGGUGCGGCACUCUUUAGCCUGUUCGUUAGUUUUCGCCUUAGCAGCAGAAAUUUUCAUACCACGGAGGCAAAGUCGCUGUACCCUGCUGGGUGUUUUGUUGGAUACACGAUAGCGCUGGCUGGAUGCUGCGUGUAUCAGUUACAUUAUGUGUCUAGACAACCGACUCCGUCUGGUUUGUACUGUAUUUUCACCCUCUUAUGUGGCGUCGGUAGCCUCUUAUGUGGGGCUAUCGUUGCGCGGCGGGAUCCACUCGUUGUAAACUCCACCCCAGCACAGCGGGCCGCAAUCCACAAAACUGUUUUUUGUGCGAAAGGCGUACUGCCAGACGAGACGAAAACAACUUUCGACACCCAAUGCAUGGUCAGGAAGCCGCUCCGGGCUCAGAGAUGCCAGUACACAAAUCGCAUCGUGCUACGUUACGAUCAUUACUGUCCCUGGUUGGCCAAUAGCAUUGGUGCCGGGAACCACCGGCUGUACGUUACGGUUCUCGUGGUUCAUGCCACUUUCCUGGUAAGCAUGUGGCUUCUUGUUGGAUGGAGUUCAUCGCGUAUCAGUCCUGGAGAGACCACGUUACAACGCUUGAGUGAGGCGUACAUGAUGCCAGUGCUUCCUGUAGUCCUCAUGGGAGUAACAAUAAUGCUUCUUAGGCAGUUGUGGUACAUUUCUCGUGGUGUUACGAUGUACGAUGUACAGCACCCGUCGCAGUGUUUGUGGUGUUUCCAGUUAGGUACUCGUACGUACUCUCUCUUUGAUGCCGGUACCGUGGAAAAUUUACGCGGCUUCUUCAUGCUUCGUGAAGACUUCGCCAAAUGUGAAUAUCUUGUACCUGGCAUCAGCUCGAGGCUAAAGGAUAUUGUGAAAAAACAUCAGGAGAUGCAGUUGCCGUGUGGCGACCACUGCGAAGGCCACUUACCUACGGAUGCUGCGAACUCGCAGCAUCAACCUUCUAUGCCUUCUAGUUAUGUUGACGCUAAUCUGUUACAGUUUGAACAGCCCACAAGGAGCGUAAGUGUGAAUAAAGCUGCACAAGAAGCUGAUGCGCUCCCUUCUUCCUCUGUUGUAAACGCCCCAUCCGUAUCAGCCUCCGGGAUUGAUGAUGCGGCGAUGCGCCUUUUUCAGAGGAUGGUGCAGUCUAACAGUGCUGAUGUAACUGUUACGGAUAUAAAGGCUGAUAUUACUCCAUCAGAGUGGCAAACGGUGGAGUCGAGGGCGCGUGAGAUGUUUUCCUUUUUUGUUGAAUCCAUGAAAGGCUCCACUGUGCCUAGUGCCUAA